GUGCUUGGCGCCUCCGGCGACCUUGCCAAGAAGAAGGUGCGUGUCGGCCGGCGCGGCGGAGUGGGAUGCAUGUGGAGCAAGGGAGCACUCGAUGGGCCAGCAGGUAGCUGAGGCGGGCCUCGGCUCAAUGCGAAGCGCGCCUGGGCACCUCAGAGCUCCUGGAAGCAGGCUGAGAAGAGAGAGACAGCCAGCGCCUGCUGCUUCGUCUGGCUGCUCCUGGCGGCAGAGGCCAGACACGCUGCCAGCGAGACCCUGCCGCGCGCCGAGGGCCCGCACACAUGCGCAGUGCUGACCGCCGCGCUCAGACGUACCCGGCGCUCUUCAACCUCUACCGCCUCGAGCUGCUGCCGAAGGGCACGCACAUCGUCGGCUAUGCGCGCACCAAGAUGGACAAGCCCGAGUUCCACGAGAAGAUCUCGGCACACUUCAAGGACGCCGACUCGGGCGAGGGCGCCAAGGCCAAGAAGGCCUUCCUCGACAUCUGCACGUACCAGCCGGGCGCGUACGACAAGGACGAGGCGUUCCAGGAGCUGAACAGCGCCAUGGAGAAGAUCGAGAAGGAGGGCGGCAGCAAGAACCCGAACCGCCUCUUCUACAUGGCGCUGCCGCCCAACGUCUUCACCGUCGUCGCCGCCGGCCUGAAGAAGAACUGCUACUCGGAGAAGGGCCACAACCGCAUCGUGAUUGAGAAGCCGUUCGGCAAGGACCUGGAGAGCAGCCGCGAGAUGAUGGGCAAGCUGAAGGACCUGUGGAAGGAGGAGGAGACGUUCCGUGAGUGUCAGGGCGCGCUGCGGCUGUGUGGAGGCGCUAUGCAGCGUGCGGAGCUCGCGGCUGACGCGCCGCGCUGCACAGGCAUCGACCACUACCUCGGCAAGGAGAUGGUCAAGAACCUGCUCGUGAUGCGCUUCGGCAACCCCGUCGUCGACGCCGGCCUCAACAACAAGAUGGUCGACAAUGUGCAGAUCACGUUCAAGGAGCCGUUCGGCACCGAGGGCCGCGGCGGCUACUUCGACGAGUUCGGCAUCAUCCGCGACAUCCAGCAGAACCACCUGUCCCAGGUGCUCUCGCUGCUUGCCAUGGAGCAGCCGAAGUCCUUCUCGGCCGAGGACAUCCGCAGCGAGAAGGUCAACGUGCUGAAGGACGUGGCGGCGAUCAAGAAGGAGGACGUGCUGAUCGGCCAGUACUCGGCCGCCGACGGCAAGCCGGGCUACAAGGACGACGACACGGUGCCCAAGGACAGCAACUGCCCGACGUUUGCCGCACUGACGCUGUGGGUCAACAACGCGCGGUGGAGCGGCGUGCCGUUCAUCCUCAAGGCCGGCAAGGCGCUGGACGAGGCCAAGGUCGAGAUCCGCAUCCAGUACAAGGACAUCGAGACGGGCCCGUUCAAGGGCCUGCCGCGCAACGAGCUCGUGAUGCGCAUCCAGCCCAACGAGGCCGUGUACUUCAAGGUCAACGCCAAGACGCCGGGCCUGCACAUGGGCACGCUGCCCGCCGACCUGGACCUGACGUACAAGGAGCGCUUCGAGGAUGCGCGCAUCCCCGAGGCGUACGAGGCGCUCAUCCUCGACGCGCUCAACGGCGACCACAGCCAGUUUGUGCGCGACGACGAGCUCGACUACGCGUGGAAGAUCUUCACGCCCAUCCUCAAGUCGAUCGACGCCGGCGAGAUCAAGAACGAGCUGUACAAGUACGGCUCGCGGGGGCCGGCGUCGCUCAACGAGUUCCAGACGCGCUACGGCUACGUGCGCGACAACACGUACGCAUGGCCAAAGACGUCCGUCUCCAAGGAGACGAAGACGAAGAUGUGAGGGGCCGGGGCGCGAGAGCAUGCACAGCAGCAACCCAGGGCGCACGCGCGCCGGGACGGCCGCCGCCGCCCGUCCGAGCGCAGGCGUGGUGUAAUGAACCGUUCACGAGCUUCCAGGAUGCGUGCACGACGACGGCGAGCCGCGCUGAGAGCUCACGCGGGAGUAGGCGAUACCGCCGGCGUGCGUGUGCGGCCCGCGCCGGCGCGGCAUCGGGGUCUGGGAUCGGCAGGGCGGCUCGAUCUGCUGCACGGCGACGUCAGCC